AUGAGCGAAGAUAUUGAAACUGAGUUAAAGUCAGAAAUUGAAAGACAAAUAAAUUAGAUUGAGUAACUUACUUAUCAAGUGUCAAAUCAACAGAAUGAAAACCUAACACUUAUCAAAAAAAAUAAAUUAUUAAAGGAUUAACUGACUGAAUUGGAUAAAGUUAUGGAAGUUUAAACUUUGGAUCUGAUUGGUGAAAUUUCAGAAAUGUAGAAGGAAUUGAUUGAUAUCACGUUUGGAUAUUCACAAGUAAGAUCUUACUAUGGUUCUGAGGUUUAAGAUGUCUCUGAAGUAUUAAUAGGUGGCGAAUUUAGUAACUGGGAAAGAUUUCCUAUGAUUAGAAUCUCAAAAGGUAUCUUCAUUUAUAAAACUAAAGUGUUUGGUGGCUAUAAACACAAGUUUAAUUUUCUCGUCAAUGGAAGUACAAAAACUACUACUGAUGAUAGUCAGCCUUUAGCCCACAGUGCAUUUGAAAACAGAUUAAACUCUAAUUACAAAUAUGCAAUUAAAACUUCAAAUCUUAAUGGUCCAGAGUCAUUUUAUCAAGAAUUUAUAGAAAAAAUGCCGGAAUACCUCCAUCCAGAGUCGAAAAAAAAAUAUCUCUAGUAAUACGAAUUACUCGACAUUCAGCUUGGCUAAUUACAGACUCAAAUAACUACCCUUGAUUUUGAGAAGGCAGAACAACUAGAAUAGCAAGAAGAAGAAACUAAAAUUGAACUGUUUAAAAAUUCCUUAAUGAGAAAUAAAAAUCUUUUCGAAUAAGCAAAACUUCUCGAUAAAAUUAUGGAUUACGCCAACGCAGCUUAGGAGUAGAUCCUAAUUGACAAAACAUAAGAGCAGUUAUCCUAAGUUAGAAAGGAAUAUGAAUCUAUUUUUUGCAUUAUACAUGAAAUAUUUGCUGGCCGAUACAUUCGAAAUAAUGACCCUAAUCCUGUCCAUUACAUUAUUACUGGAAUAAACAAAUAGGUUAAUGAGUUUAUUUUAUUGAGAAUUUACGAUUAAAAUGGAUUCUUGAUAAUAGAGUAUAUAUAAGGUGAUACCUAUAGAAUAUAAAUUAAUGAAACAACCUUCUUGUAAAAUUACUAAUUCCUUACUCCUGAGGAGUAAUCUGAUUUUAUCAAUGAUAUGCGUACCAAUAGCAACCAUAUCUUGACGCUUAAAUAUGAAUUAGUUGAUAUUGAUGGAAGCAAGCAAUGCAUUCCAAUAGAAACUUAUCCUGCAGGUAUUAACUUUGAAAAUGACUAUGAGAUUACUUCUAAUUAUGAAGGAUAUCCUACUUCAAUAAUAAAUAAAUCAUUUGGAGGAAUAAAAACUAGAGCAAUAAGAGUUGGUUCGGAGUUCAAUGCUAUCAGGUCUCCUACUAUCUCUAUUUAUACUUCUAACUACUCUGAUACAGCACUUAACAUUUUUCAUAUUCACUUAAGUGACCACAGUGAAAAGAAACAAAUACUCCAGGCUGUCUAUAUUAGAGAUGAUUAAUCUAUUGAAGAUUUUGAAGCUUGGUAAGACCAAAAUAGAGAAAUCUCAAGAUAUAAAAUUGUUAUCCAGCAGCAAAAAAUUAUAGCUGUUCUUUACAAUGGUGAGAAAGGAGUUGAGAAAUUAUAUUUUAACGAAAGAAAAUUCAGCUAAGGCGAUCGAUGUUUAAUUUAGUCAAUUAAUCCGCAUUAAUUAGGGGAAAAAAGUACAAAUUUUGAGUUGAAUAGAAUUCCUUUAGGUCUGAUCGUAGGUCUUAACUAAGAAAACUAAAUCUUUUAGGAUUAGCCAUUAUUUAAAAUUCAUACAGGAUGUAGGGACAAUUAGUAUUUUGAUGAGUGGCCAGGGUUUUUGGAUGUCACUACUAAAUCAGAAGAGGGCUGCUCAAGUUUUUUGAAAGAUGGUAGAAAUUUUGCAAUUCCAGCUUGUGCUUUUUCUGAUUUAGAUGAGCUUCAAAAGCAGUACGACUAUUGGAAUAGAUGA